AUGGUUAGAAAAACACGUGGCAAAAAACAAUUGAGAAAAAAUGACAAUGAUAAUCAAGAUAUAACUUCAUUAGUUUCUACAUUACCAAAUUUAUCUGAUGAUGAAUCUCAUUCAAUAAGUGAAAAUGAAGUAAGUGAAAGUGAUGAUAAUCAAGAAUUAUCAGAAGAUAUAGAAUUAACUUAG